GAGUUCCCAUUUUCCCGUUGCCUGCUCUGUCAUACAAGAACAGACACACAGAGCAUACAGCCAUACCACUGAAAAUGGCGCCCAAGUCGGCGAGAGUUACCCGUAAUCCGGAGCUUAUUCCCGGAGUUCGAAAAAUCUCCCGUUCAAAGAUGUACCACAAGCGCGGCCUUUGGGCUAUCAAGGCCAAAAACGGCGGAAAAUUUCCCCAUCACGACAAGGCUCCCGCCGCCACCCCGGUGGUAGAGAAGCCGCCCAAGUUUUAUCCGGCUGAUGACAUCAAGAAGCCGCUCUCCAACAAGCGGAAGCCCAAGCCUACCAAGCUCAGGGCCAGCAUUAUCCCAGGAACAGUCUUAAUACUAUUGGCAGGGAGGUUUAAGGGGAAGAGAGUUGUUUUCUUGAAGCAGCUGUCAUCUGGAUUGCUUCUUGUCACUGGUCCGUACAAGAUCAAUGGUGUUCCCCUAAGACGUGUCAACCAGGCCUAUGUUAUUGGAACAUCAACAAAGGUUGACAUUUCUGGUGUGAAUGUGGAGAAGUUUGAUGAUAAGUACUUCGCCAAGCAGGUCGAGAAGAAAAAGAAGAAGGGGGAGAGUGAAUUCUUCGAGGCAGAGAAACAGGACAAAAAUGCACUCCCGACAGAGAAGAAAGAUGAUCAGAAGGCUGUUGAUGCACCUUUAUUGAAGGCUAUUGAGGCUGUUGCAGACCUGAAGGCCUAUUUGGGUGCAAGGUUCACACUCAAGGAUGGAAUGAAACCUCAUGAAUUGAUGUUUUAGAUAAAAAAAAGGAGUUUUUGAAUUGUUAGAUUUGGCUUUGUUACUUAAUUUGCCUUGUGCCUUAAACCUGACAAAGGAGGUUGUACGGGAAUCAAAUUCCAUUUGGUAUAAACACCUAAGUUUUGCUGGCA